GGCGGCGGCGGCGGUCGGCGACCGCAGCCCGAGCUUGUCUCUCCGCCCCCUCGGUUGCGUCUCUCCGGGCGUGGAGCGCCGAGGUCCGGCGCGGGGCGGCCCGGGCAGCCCGGGCUCGCCUUCCUCCCACGUGCCCGAGCCGAGCCUCCGGGGUCCUGAGGCGGCCGCUCCGGGCUUCCCGCCUUCAGGACGACGAGCCGGACCGGAGCUGGGAGGCCGGAGUUCUCGUCCCCACGCCGCCGGCUUUUAAGCGCUCCGUGGUCCUAGCCGGGACCGUGCCCUGUCGCCACUGGUUCUUGAUUGUCCACAAUGGGUGAACCCCAGCAAGUGAGUGCACUUCCACCACCUCCAAUGCAGUACAUCAAGGAAUACACAGAUGAAAAUAUUCAGGAAGGCUUAGCUCCCAAGCCUCCCCCUCCAAUUAAAGACAGUUACAUGAUGUUCGGCAACCAGUUCCAAUGUGAUGAUCUCAUCAUUCGCCCUUUGGAAAGUCAGGGCAUUGAACGGCUUCAUCCUUUGCAAUUUGAUCACAAGAAAGAACUGAGAAAACUCAAUAUGUCUAUACUGGUAAAUUUCUUGGACCUUUUAGAUAUUUUAAUAAGGAGCCCUGGGAGUAUAAAACGAGAAGAAAAGCUAGAAGAUCUUAAGCUGCUGUUCGUACAUGUGCAUCAUCUUAUAAAUGAAUAUCGACCCCACCAAGCACGAGAGACUUUGAGAGUCAUGAUGGAGGUCCAGAAACGUCAACGUCUUGAAACAGCUGAGAGGUUUCAGAAACACCUGGAACGAGUAAUUGAAAUGAUUCAAAAUUGCUUGGCUUCUUUACCUGAUGAUUUGCCCCAUUCAGAAGCGGGGAUGAGAGUUAAAGCUGAGCCAAUGGAUACUGAUGAUAACAGUAACUGCACUGGACAGAAUGAACAACAAAGAGAAAAUUCAGGUCACAGAAAGGACCAGAUUAUAGAAAAAGAUGCUGCCUUAUGUGUCUUAAUUGAUGAAAUGAAUGAAAGACCAUGAAGAGUAUUUUUUUUUUUCCUUUUAGUAAGAAGCAUCAUAUAUUAGUUUAUUUUCUUUCGGAUAGUCUUAGCAGGUAUAUUAAAGAUAUAAAGAGACUUUUUCAAUUGAAAUGCUGUAGGUGGUAAUUUAACAUUAAACAUAGGUAAGCAAGUAUAUUUGAGUAAUAAAGCAGAAUGUUUGCUAUUGUAUGGGAUAGUCCUAUUUUUGGAUUUGUAAUAAAAACUCAAAGUGAUAGUGAACUGUCA